GAGAACAUCUCCCUCUCCAUGACACAUGGGGCCUGGUCCAUUUGCUUCUAAGUGUUCUUUUUCUUUGCCCUUUUAUUAAAAAGAAAAUUUUAACUCCCUCUUUGCUCAGAAUUGAAGAGGAUCAAGAAGCAGUCUUUCGAGAAGUGGUCAGUUUUACUCCCGACCCGUUGCCAGACAGAUAUUAUGACAAGGACACCACUAAGCCCAUCAGCUUUUACUUGUCUUCCCUGGAGGAACUCUUGGCGUGGACACCUGACGUGGAGGAAGGCUUUAACGUGGCCUUGGGGCCCCCUGAGUGUCGUCAGCCUCCUCUGAGCAGCGGGAGGCCCCGGACCUUGAUAUGUCACGACAUGAUGGGCGGGUACCUGGAUGACAAGUUUAUUCAGGGCUCAGCUGCACAGACCCCGUACUCCUUCUACCACUGGCAGUACAUCGACAUCUUUGUGUACUUCAGCCAUCACACGGUCACCAUCCCCCCAGUCAGCUGGACCAAUGCUGCCCACAGGCAUGGGGUCUGCAUGCUAGGUGAGCGCCGAGGACUCGCCUCCGGGACUUUCAUCACCGAGUGGAAAAAAGGGGAGCAGCUGUGCGAGGCCUUCCUGGCUGGGGAUGCGCGCUCGCACCAGGCAGUGGCAGACCAGCUGGUCCUGAUGGCCCAGUUUUUCCGAUUCGAUGGCUGGCUGAUCAACAUUGAGAACUCCCUGAGUCUGGCCGCCGUGGGAAACCUGCCCCAUUUCCUCCGGUACCUGACCGCCCGGCUGCACCAGCAGGUCCCAAGGGGCCUGGUGCUCUGGUAUGACAGCGUGGUGAGCAGUGGGCAGCUCAGAUGGCAGGAUGAGCUAAACCAGCAGAACAGGGUCUUCUUCGAUUCCUGCGACGGCUUCUUCACCAACUAUAACUGGCGGGAGGAGCAUCUGGAGCGGAUGCUGGGGCAGGCGGGGGAGCGCCUGGCCGAUGUGUACGUGGGCGUGGACGUGUUCGCCCGGGGGAGCGUCGUUGGGGGCCGGUUCGACACGGACAAGUCCCUGGAGCUGAUCCGGAAGCACGGGUUCUCCGCGGCUCUGUUUGCGCCUGGCUGGGUGUAUGAGUGUUUGGAGAAGGCGGAUUUCUUCCAGAACCAGGACAAGUUCUGGAGUUUGCUGGAACGCUAUCUGCCCACGCAUAGCAUCUGCUCCUUACCCUUUGUCACUUCCUUCUGCCUGGGCAUGGGGACUCGAAGAGUCUGCUAUGGCCAGGAGGAGGCCGUGGGGCCCUGGUACCACCCGAACGCCCAGGAGAUCCAGCCCCUGUUUGGAGAGCACAGGCUGGAAGGGGACGGACGGGGCUGGGUGAAGACGCACUGCUGCCUGGCGGAUGCCUGGAACGGGGGCAGCUCUCUGCUGAUCCGGGGGGUGAUUCCGCCCAAGGUUGGAAACGUGGCUGUGAGGUUAUUCUCCCUGCAGGUCCCAGUGCCGCCCAAGAUCUUCCUGUCUCUGGUGUACAAGCUAGAAGGGCCCUCAGCUGUGGGGGUGGCUUUGGAGCUCACCACAGGCGAUGCAGGCAGCUGUCACGUUGGAGGCAUCAUGAUGCUGAACGAAACGAGCUCAAGGCACAGUCCCCGACCCCUCCGGGUGCCCCCGACCAAGCUGGCCAGAUGGGUGGGCCGCUGUGGCCAGCAGCUCAGCGGGGGCUGGGUCCAGCGCUGCUAUGAGGUCAGUCUGCGGGGCUGCCUCCUGCAGGACCUCUUCGUCAGUUUCUCGCGGCCUCCAGGCAGCCAGGAGGAGGAGAACUUCACCUGUCGCCUUGGAGAGAUCCAGGUGGUGGAUGCCAACAGCCUGCUGGCCCCGCUGCCCCAAGUGCAGGCCGUGACCAUCUCCCACGUGCGCUGGCAGGCCGCCGCCUCCGAGGGCGAGGGCCGCCCUGCUGGGCUCCGGCUGAGCUGUACUCUGCACUGGUCCUACCUCCUCCCCCACGUCCGCUGCUUCCGGGUCCACUGCUGCCGAGGGACAGGAGGGGGCUCUCCGGGCAGGGGCCUUUCAGAGCCAGAGAAGCCCACGUUCUUGGGCCUGGCUUUUAUCAACCGGUAUCGGAUCGUGGACUUGGCAGUGGCACCUGCAGGGCCAGGCCGGGAUGGCCGGGUGGAGUUCCUGGUAGAGCCUGUCCCCAAGGAGGGGUUUCUGGUGCCGCGGGCCGAGUGGGGCAGGGCAGCCAUGCUCUACUCCAUGCCCCGCACGUGAGCCAACAUUAAAGCACCGUCUCCACCUCCA